AUGGACGGCGACGGAGUAGCUGACGUGGCAGUCGCCAUGACGACGAGGAAGAGAGAGAGACCUUACAAGGGCAUAAGGAUGAGGAAGUGGGGCAAAUGGGUUGCGGAGAUUCGCGAGCCUAACAAGCGGACAAGGCUAUGGCUUGGCUCUUACUCAACUCCCGAGGCGGCUGCUCGAGCUUACGACACGGCGGUUUUCUACUUAAGAGGACCAACGGCGAAGCUGAACUUCCCUGAGCUUCUUACCGGAGAGAAAUUCUCUGAGGAGGAUAUGUCAGGUGAUACGAUUAGGAGAAAAGCGACGGAGGUUGGUGCUCAGGUAGACGCUUUGGGCACGGCGGUGAUGAAUAACCGCCACCGUGUUUUUGGUCAGAACAGAGAGAGUGAUGAUAGUAGCAAGAAUUUUGGUCGGAAUUAUCAAAACGGUGAGCAAGAAGAUGAAGAGAAGAGUUUGAAGAGUGGCGGUUGGUUAUUGGAACGGGUUGACUUGAAUGAAUUACCCGACCCGGAAAACUACGGUGACGACUGGGAAAGCAAAUAAAACAUAUUUUUUUUAAAUAUUGGACCGGUGGAGGCUGCUAACGCACGCUUCGGCCUACCUCUGCGAAAAUCAUUAGCGCCGUUUAUGUUUUU